GCUUCUGAAAUCGUUAAUAACGAUAUUGUACAAAAAGAUUAUUUUAAUUUUACACAGCUUGAACUGGAAUUAAUUCAAUUCUUUAUGGCUCUUCGUCGUAAAGAUAAGCAACCAUAUGCCUCAACUUCCACCUAUAACUGUUAUUGCGCAAUUGCUCAUUACUUGCGUGAUAAUUCAUUAAUGAGAUUAUCUGUAUUAGCACAGUGA